CAAAAUUUGUGUUGCUACAAAAGACAACAUACUUACCUAAGUAUAUUUUAAUCUUCACCACAUUCAAUUCAAUAGCGUGAAUGCAACCGUGUAAAAUAUUAGUCGGGCGGUGAUUUGUUAUAAUUGCUUGACAGCUUUGUGACAGCGUAACAGCCAGUGCAAAUUUUUCCAGAUAGUGAAAGAGUGGCACAUUUUAUUAAUAUUGUGAGAAUAUUUUUGAAACAAAUGAAAUAAUAUAUUAAAAUUAUAUUGUAAACUACGCAUUAAAUAAAACGUAUUCUACCAUCAAAAUGCCAAAGCAAACAUCAGAAAAUUGCGAUAGAAGUUCAGACGACGUGCAAGGUGGGGAGUUGUCACCGGUUGAAGAUAAUCAGGUAGCAGCCGAUAAUGUAGACGAAAAAGUGGAUGACGAUGAUGUGAAAAAACAAGAGGAAGCAAGAACUAUUGCUGGACUAGCGUCAGAUUUAAAUCUAUUGAACCGAAGAAAUUUAUUACAAGCAGUAUCAGAAGCAGUAUCGGGCAAUCGAGUUAGCAAGCAGUUUGCAUUUUGGUCCACGCAGCCUGUGCCAAAACUAAAUGAAGACAUAACUACAAAUGAGUGCAUUGAACCAGAUAAAGACAUUUCAGACAUUAAGCCAGAUCCAUACACACUCCCUGAUGGUUUUAAAUGGGAUACAUUGGACUUGACAAGCUCAGCGGAUCUUAUUGAGUUAUAUACUUUAUUAAAUGAGAACUAUGUUGAAGAUGAUGAUGCGAUGUUUCGUUUUGAUUACCAGCCAGAAUUUCUUAAGUGGUCGUUACAACCUCCAGGUUGGAAACGUGACUGGCAUGUUGGCGUACGCGUAGUAAAAUCGGGGCGUUUAGUUGGGUUUAUAUCUGCAAUACCGAGUAAAUUACGUGCAUACGAAAAAAUACUAAAAAUAGUAGAAAUAAAUUUCCUUUGUGUGCACAAAAAGCUACGAAGUAAACGAGUAGCUCCAGUACUAAUUCGUGAAAUAACUCGUCGUGUUAAUUUAACUGGAAUUUUUCAAGCUGCUUACACUGCAGGUGUAGUUUUACCAAAACCAGUAUCUACAUGUCGUUAUUGGCAUCGUUCCUUAAACCCAAAAAAACUAGUUGAGGUGAAAUUUUCACAUUUGGCUCGUAAUAUGACUAUGCAACGAACUAUUAAACUUUAUAAAUUACCGGAUAGACCUAAAACGAAAGGUUAUCGUCGUAUCGAAUCUAAAGACAUGGAUAAAGCACACAAACUGCUCAAUGAGUAUCUUAAGAAGUAUUCAUUAUGUCCUGUAUUUUCUAAAGAGGAGUUUCGUCAUUGGUUUACACCUAGAGAUGGCAUAAUUGACUGUUUCAUUGUUGAAAAUGAAAACGGGGAUAUCACUGAUAUGGCUAGCUAUUAUUGCCUGCCUUCAUCUGUAAUGCACCAUCCAGUGCACAAGACUAUAAGAGCAGCUUAUUCUUUUUAUAAUGUUUCGACUGCUACUCCCUGGUUGGAGCUUAUGAAUGAUGCUUUGAUAUCUGCACGAAGUAUAAGUAUGGAUGUUUUUAAUGCAUUAGAUUUGAUGGAAAACAAGCUAUUUUUAACGCCACUAAAGUUUGGCACCGGUGAUGGCAACUUGCAAUAUUAUUUGUAUAAUUGGAGAUGUCCAGCAAUGAAACCAGAAGAUAUUGCUUUGAUUUUGAUGUAGAAAGCUAUUAAAUCGUAUUCAAGCACAUAUUUUGUUGUACCUCUUAGUAAGCAAAUGAAUUAAUUCGUUUAAAUAAAAUGCUUUAAAUAA